AUGAUUGAGAAACUCCACGUUGAGAUUCCAUUCACUAAGGCUAUUACUCAAAUACCCUCUUAUGCUAAAUUCCUUAAAGACGUCUUAACCAACAAACGUAGACCUGAUAAUCCUAAACCCUUAGAAUGUAACUCUAUUGCUGAAAACAAACUUGCUAAAAAGGAGAAAGACCCCAAAAGUUUUUCUAUACCUUGUGUUUUAGGAAAUCAUGUUAUCGAUAAAGCACUUCUGGACUUAGGAGUCAGUGUAAGCUUAAUGCCUUUAUCCAUUUGUAAUAGGUUAAAUCUAGGAGAAAUGCAACUAACUAGGAUGUCCCUUAAAUUAGCUGAUAGAUCCGUUAUAUAUCCAAAAGGCAUAUUAGAAUACAUUCCAAUUAGGCUUGGUCAACUCUAUAUUCCAACCGAUUUUGUUGUCAUGGACAUUAAAGAAGACGACGAAAUCCCAAUCCUCCUAGGUAGACCAUUCUUAUCAACGGAUGAAGCCAUAGUAGAUGUCAAGAAAGGAAAGAUGACUUUUGAAGUAGGUGAUGAAAAAGUAGAAUUUAUACUAUCAAAAUUCCCAAUGGCACCAGCAAUAGAUGACUCAUGUUAUGCCAUCGAUAUCAUUGAUGAGUGCAUAAUAGAGUUAGACCAAGAAGAAAUAACUGAAAUGAUUAAAUUACCCCCGACUCCCAUAAUGUUGGACGACGGAUUUGAAAGAUCUACAGAACCUUAUAUAGAUGACAGUCUUUAUGAAUGCUUAGCACUCACCCCAUACCAUAUGCCAUGUCCUAAGAAACCAUCAAUAGAGCUUAAUGAGCUACCCAAGAAUCUGAGAUACGAGUUUUUGGACGAAUAA